AAUUUAUUGUCCCGAGUUUCGACUCCCGAAUUCUGAUAGAAAGCUUACAGGUGUGCUCCAUAGUUACACACACAACACCGACACCAACACCAUGGCUUUUUCCCCUUUCCACCGCAUUCUCUUCGUAACAGAACUCUUCUCCUCCCUGGGUCUCCAUCUCCACUUCUCUGAUUCAGCUCCUCCCAAUCUCCCCGGAUAAUGGAGGUGAUCGGAAACUGCUUGGGACCGCCGAGGUUGAGAAGAAUCCAGAGAACUCUCCGCAAUUUCAAGCUUACCAUCCUCUGCCUCUUCCUCACCGUCGUUGUCCUCCGCGGCACCAUCGGCGCCGGUAAGUUCGUCUCCUCCGAGUGGGACUUCAUCCACUUCCGUGACCGCUUCCCCUUCCGCAACCGUCUCCUCGUCGAGCAUCAAACGACGUCAUCCACCGGUGGAACCGACAAACCCUACCGACUUGGUCCGCCGAUCUCCGACUGGGAUGAACGGAGGAGGAAAUGGCUUGAAAACAAUCGCGGAUUUCGUCAUUUCACCCGCCCGGGUAAGCCUAGGGUUUUGUUGGUUACUGGAUCGUCGCCAGAACAAUGUGAGAAUCCGAUUGGAGAUCAUUACCUGUUGAAAUCGAUUAAGAAUAAAAUUGAUUACUGUAGGUUACACGGAAUCGAGAUUUUCUAUAACCUAGCGGUCUUGGAUGCGGAAAUGACUGGAUUCUGGGGGAAGCUUCCGUUGAUACGGACGCUUCUUCUAUCGCAUCCGGAAGUAGAAUUCAUAUGGUGGAUGGAUAGCGACGCAAUGUUCACCGACAUGUCGUUUGAAAUCCCUUGGGAGAGGUAUAGAGAUUUCAAUUUCGUAAUGCAUGGUUGGAAAGAAAUGGUGUACGAUCAGAGAAGCUGGGUUGGGCUGAAUACAGGGAGUUUCUUGAUGAGAAACUGCCAAUGGUCGAUUCACAUUCUGGAUGCGUGGGCUUCAAUGGGGCCGAGAGGGAAGAUCCGAGAAGAAGCAGGGGAAGUCCUAACGAAAGAGCUGAAAGACAGGCCAGUCUUCGAAGCAGAUGAUCAAUCCGCCAUGGUUUAUCUCCUUGCAACACAGAGAGAAAAAUGGGGGAACAAGAUCUAUCUAGAGAAUUCAUAUAAUCUCCAUGGAUAUUGGGAGGUUUUGGUGGACAAAUUGGAGGAGAUGAGUGGGGGAAAUCGGCCGUUGGUGACUCAUUUUACAGGGUGCAAGCCAUGUGGGAAAGCUGGGGAUUACCCUGUUGAGCGAUGCUUGAAAGCAAUGGAGAGGGCGUUUAAUUUUGGGGAUAAUCAGAUUCUCCAAAUGUAUGGAUUCAUCCAUAAAUCGCUGAUGAGGAGAAGAGUUGAAAGGAUUAGACGGGUAACUGAGAAUGAAGUUGGAUCGAUUCAACCAGUUCUUUCCCCUGCUGUGGAGGUGGAACCACCUUCUUCUAAAGGUAUUUUGUCUCUUAUUAGAUGAACCUGUCGCUUGUCGGUUCCUUUUUUUCAACAUUGUUCAUAGACGUGUCAGGAAUGUGUUCUUUUUCAGAGUAUGAAUUUAUUAGGUGGAAGGUAAAAUGUAUGUUUUUGUUCCAAA